CAGGGCACACCAGCCUCUCAUGGGGCCCCUGGUGGCAGCGCUGCAGAUGUGAGAGAGCCUUGUGCAGGUAGGUGGGCAGCAGUCACUGGCCUUGGUGUGCUGGAGGAGGGGCACUCUGGUGCUGUGCCUAGAGCUGGAGGGUCUUGAGGAGAGUGAGGUGGCCUUGUCCCGCAGCACUGGCUGUGCUCAUGUUGCACGUGAGCUGCUGGGGGCGAGGACGAGGCGUUUGAGGUGCACCAGUGUGCUGUGCUCAGUGUUGGAGUGGAGCCUGUGUGCAGCACACACUUGGAGAGCAGGGUUGUUGCUGGGUUGUGCGAGAGCUCCGUGGCGUUGGUGUGCGGCCGUGGCAGGGAGGUUCCCGUGGUGGGAGUGCCCCUGCGGUGAGCAAGCGCCUGGGAGGAGGAGGCCCAGCUGGGAGCACAGAGCCUGCCCCACAGCACUUGUGCCUGGCGCUCCCCAAGGUCCCAAGGGCGCAGCUGGGUGUUCCUGGAGAAGCCCCAAGUGUGUGCAGGCCUGUGAGCUGGGGGGCUGGGAGGGCUUUGGGUAGCGCUGGCUCUGGCCUUGAAAGCGCCUCCCGCGCUGCCCAGGCUUCCUGGGCCGGAGCCCUGGCUGGAAGGUUUCUGCCACCAUUUUGUGGGAGGGAGAUGCCAUUUUGUUCAGCGUUGGAGCUCCUGCUUCCUUGUACCAGGAAGUACUCAGAUAUCAAAAUAUUUAUAUGCAGCUCAUGCAUAGGGUAUGUAGAUAUUUGGAGUUGUCUGUAAGAAGGAAUGAAUCAGUAGAUUCAUACUUCGAUCCGCUAAUUAUAGACAUUUCUAGAGGUAUAUGAAUGAGAGAUUUGUAAUGGUAAAAUCAUAAGCCUGAGGUAGGUAAAGCAGUCUUUCUUGAGAGCUGAUGGAAUGAAUCUGUAGAUGUGGAUGAAAUGCAUUGCACAAGGAUAAAAGGCAGGUUCGGGCCUUCUGCUUUGCGUGGCUGUAGAAAAGCACCGAGCUGUUUGGGGAGCAGCCAGGAGGUGUCACAGGGCACUGGGACGUGCCCGAGGGCUGUGGAGCUGUGUGAGGUGGCUGCCAGGCAGGCCUCAGCAAGCACCGUGACAUGUCCCCAGAACAUGGCUCGAGGUCUGUCCCUCGAUCCAGGCUGAGAAGGCUCCAUGCCUGGGCAGAGCACAGUGGGAUGGUCAUGCAGAGCCCUGGGGCAGGCUCUGGGCAUGCCAUGGCCCUACCAGACACGAGCAACACAGGCUGAAAAAACAGAAGGCCAGAACAAAAUCCCUGUGUCGGAGGAUCACGUUCCUGGGGACUUAAGUUUUGUUUUCUCUCUGAAGAGUCUGUGGAGUCGAGGCAUUGUGCACUUGUGGGUAAGACGUUGCAUGCCCCAGAUGCAUGCUGUUUCCAUGGUGGAGUGGAGACAUGAGCGUUAGUGAAGGUGCUGGCUCAGGGGCACAUGGAGCAUCUCCCGUCUCUCUAGAGGGACACCCCGCACCACAGAGUGUGCAGUGCUGUGACAGGGGGUGGUGGUUGUAUCCUCUCUCACUUUCAGUGGAAAUUUUAACCCUGCAGGUAGCAAGGUGUCAUCAAAUCACAAAAUACCCUGAAUUGGAUAAAAUGACCCACAGGAUCAUCAAAAUCCAACUCCUUGCCCUGCACAGGAAACUAAACUAGUCACACCAUGUGCCUUAGACCAUUGUCCAAAAGUUUCUUGGUCUCUGUCAGACCUGAUGCUGUGACCACUUCUAUUGGGAGCCUGUUCUAGUGCUCAGUCACCCUCUGGGUGAAGAACCUUCUCCUGAUAUCCAGCCCAAACCUUCUGUGACACCACUUUGGCCAUUCCCAGGGGCCCUGUCACUGCUCACAGGAGUGUAAAUAUCAGUGUCUGCUGCUCCUCUUACCCUCACAAGGAAGUUGUAGACUGCAAUGUGGUCUCUCCUCAGUCUUCUCUUGUCUAGACUGAGCAGACCAAGUGACUUCAACCUCAUAUGGGUUCCCCUCACAGCCCUUCACCAUGUUUGUUCCCCCCCUUUGGACACUCUUGACAGCUCAAUGUCUUUCUCAUGCUGUGGCACCCUGAACAGCCCCCAGCACUCAAGGUGAGGCUGCCCCAGUGCAGAGCACAGUGGGAUAAUCCUCUCCCUUGCCUGGCUGUGAUUCUGUGCCUGAUGCACCACAGGACAUGAGUGUCCCUCCUGGAUUCCAGGGCACUGCUGACUCAUGUUCAGCUUCCCAUUGGCAGGACCCCCACGCCACUUUCCAUGCUGCCUCUCUUUCCCCAGCUGUACACACCUCCAGAAUUGCCCUGUCACAGACAGGGCUGUAGGUGAAGAUGCAGGAGCCAGAACUUGUUGCAAAAGCCCUGCGAGCUGUUCUUCAUGCCUUUAAAAAUGGUGUACGUUUGUCAGAACUUCAGAAUGAAUACAGAUCCCUGACCAAUGAGUUCAUUCCCUUCAGGCACCUAGGAUAUGACACACUGGAAGGCUACUUGGAAAGUAUCCCAGGAGUGGUCAGAAUGGAAGAGAACAAAAUGGGAGAGGUAAUUUGCCAUGCUGUUAGUUGCAAUGAAACUGUACGAGUUGCUCAACUGGUGGCCCGACAGAGGAGUUCCAAGAAGAAAACAGUCCGGCAGGUGAACUGUCAGAUGAGGCUGAAGAACACAUCACCAGUCAGUUUAUCAGGAAAGCCCAAAGGAACUUUGCGGCAGCCCCGGUCUUUGAACAUGCCAGAAGAAGGCAGUUCUAAGAGGCCUGUUCCUCGCCUGCCCCGAGGCAGAGAAGUGGCAUGUGGAGGUGUGAAACCUGUGGUGGAGAGUGCCCGAUCUGCCUUACCUUCAGCUGCUGGGAGUGGACCACCUAAAGAAAUCCCCAUGCAGAGGCAUGUCACUGUGGUAAACAGAUCUGAGAAGAGGCUGACUGUCCCACCACGAUUUCAAAAGGAGUUGCAAGUUCACCUGUCCAGAAGUUCUUCCACAGAGUCAAAUGAUAGCUUGAAUGCAUCCACUGCAGAGGCACAUACUGUUGCCCCUGGCUCUUCUGCUGCUGAUGUCCUGGAACUUCAAAGUCGCAUUAAGGAGCUGCUGAGCAAGUACAGCAGUGGUGUCAGACUGUCAAAGAUGCCUCAGAUAUAUCGGGAAAUGUACUGGGAGGACCUGAGCACAGAAGUGCUCUAUCAGCUUGAGAACUGGCCUCAUGUGUGCACAGUGGAGAAAAUACACAGAGGUGAUCCAAUAGAUGGAUUUGUUUAUCCUGCUAAGAAAAUACCACCAGCAGCAAAAAGCGAUGCUGAGCAAGAAAAGGCAUCUCAGAAUGUUACUUCACCAAAAGCAGACCCUUUGUUAAAGCCAAAUAUGGAGACCACACCUGCAUCACUCAGUAGCGACUUCAAAGCAAAAGUUGUUGGCAUCUUGCUGAAGUAUUCCAAUGGUCUUUGGGCUCAUGCACUUCCCAAAGUGUACCAAGAAACUUACCAAGUAAAAUUCCCAGAAGACAUUCUAAAUAAUCUAGAGUUGCUGGCAGAUGUAUGUGUUGUGGACUACGUAUCUGAAGUCCCCAGAAAGGCGAUCCUCUAUGCUAAACCCCAGAAAUGCAUUGAUGAAAAUCUGAAUGUCACUGAGAAAGUCAAGAGGCAUGAUAGUGUGAAGGCCACAGCUGAACAGCAGUAUGAAGAAUCCAAGGACCAGUACCUAGAAAACAUAACUGUUCCUUCUCUAAUUAUUCCAUCAGAAGGAUCUGUGUCCAUCAUGGUGUUAGAAUUGAAAAACACUAAUGAGGUCCUAAUUAGGUAUGUGGGCAAAGAGUAUUCUUCUGCCCAGGAACAAAUGGAAGAUGAAAUGAAAGCGUACUACAAUCAGACCAGUACAGUGUCAUCAGCUCAGUCUCUGAGUGUUGGGCAGCUUGUUGCAGUACAUGCUGAAGAAGAUGCCUGGUUGCGUGCACGGAUAAUUUCUCUGGAGGACAACAGAGUAAAGGUAUACUAUGUUGAUCAUGGCUUCAGUGAAUUUGUUGAAAGCAACAGUGUGUGCAGACUACAGAAACAAUUCAGAUCACUUCCUUUUCAAGCUGCAAAAUGUAAACUGGCAGGACUGGAAGCCUUCUGUGAUGAUCCUGUCCUAGUAAAGGCUGUGGAAUCACAGACAUGUUUCAAGAUAUUUGCUGUGGAAAUACUGGAAAAGAGUGAUACUCCUCUUCUUGUUCUCUAUGACACUUCUGGAGAAGAUGAUAUCAACAUCAAUGCUACUUGUCUGAAGGCAUUGUAUGACAAGUCCCUUGAACUGCACCUACAGGCAGAUACACUAUAUACCAAUGUCAUAGUAACCAGUGUUUCCUCUGAUGGGAGCCUGUAUUGUCAAGUGCCAUCCAAAGGCUUGUCUAGACUUUCUGAAAUAUUGCAGAAACUAGAAGACUACUUUAUUUACAAGCAGACAUCUGAGUUCAAUGUAUUGCUACCUUUCUGUGGCAAAAUCUGCUUGUUUCCUUCCAAAGGAAAAUUGGCACGUGUAGAGAUAAAAAUUAUUCACACUAGACGGGCACUUGAUGUGCAAUUUAUGGAUAGUGGAACAGUUGCAACUGUAAAAGUAUCAGAGCUCAAAGAAAUCCCACCACAAUUCCUGAGAGAAGUAAUAGCAAUACCUCCUCAGGCUUUGAAGUGCUGUCUGGCAGAUCUGCCUCCUAAUACUGGCAUGUGGACUCCAGAUGCUGUACUGUGGCUGAGAGAUGCUGUAAUAAAUUGUCCUGAAUUUAGCAUGAAGGUGAUUAAACAGGAUGCUUCAAAAGGAAUUGCACACAUCUACUUGUUUGCUCCAGAGAAUUUCCCAGACAUGGAUCGUAGCAUCAAUAGGCAGAUCAAAAAUGCAGACUUGUGGAAGCAUCAAAAAGAUGUUUUCUUGAGUGUGGCUCCCAGUGGGACUGGCUUCACAAAAGCUGUAGGUGAUGCUGUUCCAGCUCUACAGUUACCUAGUGGGAAGCUGGAGAAGAGUUUCCCUGAUUCAGGCAGAGAGUCCGGCAUUGCAGUGUCCAGCGUGGAGAUGCCGCCCCCUCUACCCUUGCCAAAGCCUGGUGACCUCAUGGAUAUCUACGUCUCGGUGGCCUGCCAUCCCGGUCAUUUCGUUGUCCAGCCUUGGAAUGAGCUAAACAACCUGUAUGCCCUAAUGGAAGAAAUGAUCUUAUACUACAGCAGGGCAGAAGAGAAACCUGUGACCAUUGAAAAAAAUAAGCUGUAUGCAGCUAAAAUUGGAGAUGAGUGGUACAGGGUCAUAAUAAAAGGGAUUCUUAGAAAUGGUUUUUUGUCAGUGUAUGAGCUGGACUAUGGCAAACAUGAAUUUGUCAGUGUUGGGAAAGUACAGCCACUCCUGGAUACAUUCAGAAGACUGCCUUUCCAAGCUAUCACGGCUCAGCUUGCAGGAGUGAAAAACCAGCAGUGGUCAGAAGAGGCAUCAAUAGUGUUUCGGAAUCUGGUAGAGAAGAAACCUUUUGUGGCACAGAUACAGGCAGUUAAUGACAGCACUAACUCUUGGGAUCGAAAAAUAGUGACUUUUCUUGUGGACACAUCUCUUCCACAUAUUGAUACAUGGAUUCAUGAUUUUGUGUCUCAGAGUCUUGUGGAAUUUUCAAAGGGUGAUUAAUCAUCACUUCUGCAAUGUAGCAGCUUAGCAAUAAAAUGAGUAACAGGCUUUGAAGAGAAGUAUAACUACUACAUGGCCUUGAAGACAUAAUGGGGAUAAAAUUGAAAAAUCUGUGUUUGUUUAACAAGUUUGGAUUCUGUUGACUUCAGUUGACUUUCUGAAAAUUUUCACGUUGUUUACUAUUGUAAUGCUAGACUAUUUGAGUUAAAUUAUUUUAAAAGUUAUUUAUCAAUAAAACAAUGUUCAAUUGUG